CCUAGCUCCUCUUCAUCACCAUUUAAGGUUUUUUCCAAAUCUCUCUCACAAACACAGAUACACACUUCUGACUAGAAAUGGUUGAGAACAUCAACAUGGAUCAAAAGGCGCCUUGGCUUAUCAAAGAAAUAAUUCAAGCAAGAGAGCUAGUAAUGGAACUUCAAACUCACCUUAAUCCUUCUUCUUUUUCUGGUAACGUCUUAGUAACCAAAAUCUUAUCUAUAUUUGAGAAUUCUCUUUCGAUACUGAAUCAAAUAAAGACGGAAAAUGAAACUACUACUCCCAACUCUUCCAUGGGUCAGUCCGGAGGAAGCCUUUUUAGCAAUUGCUCUUCUGAUUUUUUCCAAGAAGGUUCAAGAAAGAGGAAAGGGUUAGUAAGAUGGACACACCAAGUACGUGGUUGUGAACAAGCGGGGUUACAAGGACCCCUAGAUGAUGGCUAUGGAUGGCGAAAAUAUGGGCAGAAAGAGAUUCUUGGAGCCAAAUACCCCAGAGCUUAUUACAAGUGUAGUUACCGUACCAGUCAAAAUUGCUUAGCGAUGAAACAAGUUCAACGAUCCGAUCUAAACUCGUCUAUUUUCAAUGUCACGUAUAUUGGAAACCACAGCUGCACUGAGAUAUCAGAACUACUUUCGGGGCAAUAUACACCAAAUAAACAAGAACAUAGUCAUGGUCAUCGCCAAAUUUAUCAAGAACAAAGGGAAGAUAAAACAUUAGAAGAAACGUAUAUAAACUUUCAAGAAUCUAGUGUUCAAACUGCAAACAAAAAAGACAACAAGCUUGAGUGCUAUCCUUCCUUUUCUAUCUAUUCUACUACUUCAUUACUCUCGGCCAAUAUUCGCAAUGGUGGCUUAGAAACUAGAGAAAAUCAUUUCGUAUCUACUUCAACUAAAAUGGAAAUCUGUUCUCCUACUACUACACACAUAAGUACUCCCACAACUGCAGGAUCCAACAAUAAAAUACACGAUUUUGGAGGUUACCAUUGUGAAGGGGAGUUACUACAAACUAAUGAUGAUCCCCUUGGCCUUGAAGAACUUGAUCAAAUGAUUAUUUCACUAUUAGCUCCAAUUGCAACAUCAUCCGCUAACAAUGAUCAUCCGAUUCAAGGCUCUCCUUGGGAUUGGGAUUUCCCAGAAUCAUGUUAGUAUCAUAAGACUAUUUUGUGUGAUCGUGCUGUCCAUCAUCACUGUCACUAGUUUUAUUUUUGUUCACGUAGAGUUUUAGAAUCAUAUAAGAGUAAGUUUACCAAUGUUUUCUCAUACAAUGAAAAUAAAAAAAGAGGUAAACAUUUAUAAUUAGACAUGCAUGGUAAUUGUAAGAGCUCUUGGCAUAUAUAUUCUGUCUUUUGUAAGUGAAACCAAGAAGAUACACACAUGUUAGGAGGCACAUAUUACCAAUCUGAAUCCAAAUAUAAUAGUGUGUUCUACAAACACGAGUUCAAUGUUAUGCAUUUUCUUC